AUGAUGGUCCUGCUGCUGCUGCUGCUACUGCCGGAGUUGAGUACCUUCAAGAGCUGCGAUUACUGGCGGGUGCCUCAGGCAAAUUUCUUGCGAAUCUCUGUAUGGCAAGGAGCAGAGGCACAGCGUCGCCGCUUCAUGGACAUGGACUUGCCUGACUCAUCUGUGAGGGCAAGGUGCGACUUGCGGCAACUCAUUUUUUUGAGAGACGACUGCUCAUUCGAGUUGCCCAAGACCUUCCAGAUCGACCGCAUUCCACCUGGCAACGAGAAUCUCUGCGUACACUACAUUUCAACUCUCCAAGACCCCACUCUGGCACAGCGUCGCCGCUUCAUGGACAUGGACUUGCCUGACUCAUCUGUGAGGGCAAGGUGCGACUUGCGGCAACUCAUUUUUUUGAGAGACGACUGCUCAUUCGAGUUGCCCAAGACCUUCCAGAUCGACCGCAUUCCACCUGGCAACGAGAAUCUCUGCGUACACUACAUUUCAACUCUCCAAGACCCCAGUGCGAUGUUGCGUCGGCGUGAAGCAAGGGCCCCCAUUGUCAACGCUUCUAAUCAACGCAGUCAAGCUCACAUCGUCUUCCGCUGCUGCGCAGUGCUCCCCCGACGAUUGACAGGAUCGGGUGCGCUCAGGCACCAUGCGGGCCAGCAUCUCGCCGUCGGCCGCCUCGCCGUCGGCCGCUUUUCCGUCUGCCGCCUCAUCGUCGGCCGCCUCGCCGUCGGCCGCCUCGCCGCCAGCAUCUCGCCGCCAGCAUCUCGCCGUCGGCCGCCUCGCCGUCGGCAUCUCGCCGUCAGCUUUCAGCGUUUCCACGUCACGGUUUGUCGUACCUCCGCGAGCUUGGGCGAGGACUUCCAACAGGACAACAUGUAUCGGCGCGACGAGCCGUCGCCACCGCCGUACAUCGCCGUACAUCGCCGUCAUGUGAAAGUGCGUCUUGCCGUCGGCGUUUCCACGUCGUACCACCGGCACUGCAGCAACGGGGAAGGGGUGGCUCGCUGGACAGCGGCGCCGGCGCCGUCGGCAAGCUAUCAGCAGCUUAGUUCUUGUCGUGCAUUUCCCUCCCCGGCCGCCGCUGCGGCUCUUCCCCUCUGGGGUCGCUGCCACCGCGACCUUUUUGCGGUGCAUUUCCCUCCCCGGCCGUCGCUGCGGCUCUUCUCCUCUGGGGUCGCUGCCACCGCGACCUUUUUGCGGCGUCUUGCCGUCGGCGUUUCCACGUCGUACCACCGGCACUGCAGCAACGGGGAAGGGGUGGCUCGCUGGACAGCGGCGCCGGCGCCGUCGGCAAGCUAUCAGCAGCUUAGUUCUUGCGGUGCAUUUCCCUCCCCGGCCGCCGCUGCGGCUCUUCUCCUCUGGGGUCGCUGCCACCGCGACCUUUUUGCGGUGCAUUUCCCUCCCCGGCCGCCGCUGCGGCUCUUCUCCUCUGGGGUCGCUGCCACCGCGACCUUUUUGCGGGGCCGGCCGUACUUUUAUAACGCCCGUCUCAGGUGCGGCUGGGGCAUCAACCUGUGCGUACAAUAA